AUGACACAAGAUUCGAAAGACUCGGAUUCAUCAAGACCCCUCUCAUCGGCAGUAAAUACUGUCUCUCAGAUUCGUCAUCCCGAUCCCAAUGCAAGUAAAACUGAAAAGGCUGCUGCGCCUCUUGCUACUUUGAGUUCGGAAGCCGAUCCUUACCCGCAUAUAUUCAUGGCAGCUGCGACUGGAUUUGGGAGUGGAUAUGCAUAUUACUUGAAACAGCCAAGACUAGCAGCAAUUUCGGCAGCGGUUUCAGCUACUUAUGCGUACGGCGCUAUAAACGUGGAUAUACCGUAUCGUCCAGUAAGUCAUUCGGAGCUGAAGACGUUUGACGUUCAUUCUCACAUUACUCUAGCUACAAAGAUCACUCAUUCACAAUUCUUGACCUUCACCGCUUAUGCCAUGGUUUAUCUCUUCACAGUCGCUUCAAUCGGUCUCCUCGCCGCCUGCGGUCCGACAGCCUACGUAGUUAAAGAUCCUUUUAAUGUCUCCUUUGCAAGUCUUGCCGCAAUUUCAACGGCGGGAAAUACUCUUAAAGCAUAUCAGCAAUGGACAGGACGUCCGCGCGAGUUACAUAGAGCUUAUUAA